AUGAGGCUGGUCCUAAUCAAACCUACCAAUGAGACGAGUCGGCUCGAUUCUUCUGGGGCUGAUCGCAAUGAAUGGGUGUCGGUGCUUUACAACGCAAAGGAGCAGCCACAACAAGACACGGCUAUUGAGGGGAUGCGGCAUCGAUACGCGGGAGCUGUCUGCCAGCACCAAAUCCCUGACGCGGAACAUCGCAAAACUCAGAGCAUUUCAACGCGUAUUCAGAAAGGAGAGCAGAGUCCAGUCGCUCCACUCUUUAGUUUACCGCCCCCACCUCCAUCGCUGAAGGAGCGUUUCACCGCCUCAUAUCAUCAGAGCCACCGUGAACUGCCUUGUCCGGACCGCGCUAAGAAAGGUGUCCAUGACUGUCAGUCGCAACACAGCAAGCCCCCACCUUUGACAAACCACGGCAUAGUCCAGCGACCUUUACACCAGGACUGCCAAUCUGGUAACCAACAGUUACAUCAAAAGGAGAUUGUUGGGCCCUCAACCGGCUGUCAGUCUGAGUCGGAGGUGUUCUCUCAGAGCCGCCACUGCAGUUUUUUUACGGAGGCGAACCAUUCUCCUCAGCACAAACUCUUCAUUUACCCGCAGCCCUCCCCAUCUGAGCUGCUGCCGCCGCCUCUGUCUUCGCAGAUUUCCAAUCGGGGGGAUAAUUUCCAAAAGAGUGCUAAUUAUCGACAAGACAUUGUGCAACGGUGCAGUGGAGAAGGCGGGCGUCGAGACCAAAACCAGUUGCUGCAGCAACACUGUUAUAAUAAAAUAAGGCUUCAACAAAAGAACCCCUCUUCGAAGUCAGCUCUAUCAAACUCCCGUCAAGGACAGAUAAAUGAUUGUGUGGAAAUCGAAGAGGGACGGAGAUUAAUUGAGUCUCAGGCUCAAUUACCACAAUUGCGGGCUCAACGACAAUUACUUGUGGGGAGCAGCCUGCCUAUCAACUACUGCACCAACGGAUCAGGAGAGCUGUGUAGGAAUAACCAGGCUCUGCUGCUGCAUCAGCGUCGAGAGCAAGACGCACACGGGCACAGCCUCCAGUGGCAGCAACAAGGUCCGCAGCAGGGUGACCGAGACAGUGGUAAACUAGGGAGGAAAAACAUAUGUGAUCAGCAGCAGCAGCGCGAUAUAAAAAACGAUAUAAAACAUGUACGCCCUUUAGUGAGAAAUCCUUCGGUCUCCAGCAGCGACAAUAGCAGCCCCCCUUACGGCUCCAGCAACCAACUGUGGCCAGAAACCCACGACCAGGAAGCAAAGCGGAUUCGAACUAACAAACAUAAGGCCCAUGCUGAGCAGACAAAGCUGAGCCAUGCUGGAUCCAAGCCCUGCCUCUCCGAGAGCAGUCACUCACUCCCUGAGAUAGCCAUGAACAGCUGCAAGUUCAAUGGGGGAGUGGUAAGACCACUGGGCAGCCUGGCGGCAUCACGACGCAACCUAGCAGAGCAUGACUCUGAGACACAGCCACUCCAGACCCUACAGAGCUCAGGCCUGGAGGUGGUGGUCUCCAAGGGCAACGGAGAAGACCCCAGCAAGGCGUCCAAUGAGAGCCUGGUCAGGGAAGGCAGCGGUGGUGGCGGCGGCAGUGCUGCGCCACAUAAAAAGAACAAAGAUAUUGGCUACAAGUUGGGCCACAGGAGGGCCCUGUUUGAGAAACGCAAGCGGCUCAGCGACUAUGCCUUGAUAUUUGGUAUGUUUGGGAUUGUCGUCAUGGUGACUGAGACUGAACUCUCCUGGGGGGUUUACACUAAGGAAUCUUCAUAUUCAUUUGCACUGAAAUGCCUUAUCAGCCUUUCCACUGUUAUUUUGCUUGGUCUUAUAAUAAUGUACCAUGCCCGGGAAAUCCAGCUGUUCAUGGUCGACAAUGGAGCAGAUGACUGGAGGAUAGCCAUGACAUAUGAGCGGAUCUUCUUCAUUGUGCUGGAGCUUCUGGUGUGUGCCAUCCACCCAAUCCCGGGCCACUAUGUCUUCACCUGGACUGCGCGGCUGGCCUUCACCUAUGUGCCGUCGGUGGCAGAUGCUGAUGUGGACAUCAUCUUGUCCAUCCCCAUGUUCCUACGCCUCUAUCUGAUCGGCCGAGUCAUGCUGUUACACAGCAAGCUCUUCACCGACGCCUCCUCGCGCAGUAUAGGUGCCCUCAACAAGAUAAACUUCAACACGCGCUUUGUCAUGAAGACUCUCAUGACCAUCUGCCCUGGCACUGUGCUGCUGGUUUUCAGUAUCUCCUCCUGGAUCAUCGCUGCCUGGACCGUGCGCGUCUGUGAGAGGUACCAUGACAAACAGGAAGUCACUAGUAACUUCCUGGGAGCUAUGUGGCUUAUAUCCAUAACUUUCCUGUCUAUUGGCUAUGGAGAUAUGGUCCCUCACACAUAUUGUGGGAAAGGCGUCUGUCUGCUCACAGGGAUCAUGGGAGCUGGCUGCACUGCACUUGUAGUUGCUGUGGUGGCCAGAAAGCUAGAGCUGACCAAGGCUGAGAAGCAUGUCCACAACUUCAUGAUGGACACACAACUCUGCAAACGAGUAAAGAACACAGCUGCCAAUGUACUCAGGGAAACAUGGCUUAUCUACAAACACACAAAGCUAGUGAAGAAGAUUGAUCAUGCCAAAGUGCGCAAACACCAGCGCAAGUUCCUACAGGCCAUUCAUCAGCUACGCAGUGUGAAAAUGGAGCAGAGGAAACUCAAUGACCAGGCUAACACACUCGUGGACUUGGCCAAGACACAAAAUGUGAUGUAUGACCUGGUGUCGGAGCUUCAGGAGCGGAGCGAGGAACUGGACAAGCGCAUUGGCACACUGGAAGACAAACUGGAUGCUGUGACAGGCAGCUUGCAAGCUCUGCCUUGUCUCAUAUCCCAAGCCAUAACACAGCAGCAGCAGGACCUCCUGGACGGCUUUGUGCACCGCUUUCGGCCCGGCUCGUUGGGCUCUGAGCGUUCCUGGACCCCCUCCAGACGGCGGCGCUCUCCUUCCACUGCACCACACACCUCCUCCGACAGUGGCUAG